GACCCAUGGCUUCCUCAAGCGGAACAUGUUCGGGUUCAUCCUCUCUGCUUCAGAACUCGGGUUCUGAGGAGGACUUGCAAGCGGUAAUGGAUCAGAGAAAGAGGAAGAGAAUGAAAUCGAAUCGCGAAUCUGCACGGCGAUCUCGCAUGAGGAAGCAGAAGCACUUGGACGAUCUGGUUACCCAAGUGGCUCAGCUGAGAAAGGAGAAUCAGCAGAUACUCACCACCGUCAACAUCACCACGCAGCAGUUCUUGAGCGUUGAGGCUGAGAACUCGGUGCUCCGGGCUCAGGUGGGUGAGCUGAGCCAUCGGUUAGAGUCUCUGAACGAGAUCAUCGAACUCUGGUUGUGUGUGAGAAGGAGAGGGGAAGAUGAAGUGGGAAUCAUAAUGAGUUUUCCCACUGUGCCCUUUCCCUAA